UUUUUGAGAAUUCUGACAAGUUCAGCUGCUUUUUUAUGAAAGUGUCAACCGAACGUGUGCGGUUCUGAUCAUCGUUCUUGGAAACUGGACGGGACCUGAGUCCUUCUUCUUCAUCAUCUUCUCCACGAACAAGUUCACUUCUCUCUCUCUCUCGAUCCCCGCCUGAAGAAAAGAAAGAAAUUAGGGUUUCAGUGAUGCUUUUCAUCGAUCCAAUUCAAAACCUCCCUCCUCUGACAUGACAACCACACAACAGCAACAACAAGGCCUGGAAAUCACUCGUUCUCUCUCACCUACUUCCAUUUCUCACUCCAAAAUCGACCUCUCUCUCUCCUCGUCGGAGUGCCAUGGAUUCUGGCGCGACGCGGCUCUGGCGGUUCCGGCUGCGCUCUUCGUCCUCUACUUGGCCUUUCACGCCAAGAAGAACUUAAGGAAACUCAGUAAUGGACGGAACUACGUGACGAUUGCUUACUACGCACUCCUCUGGUUGGCUGCCCUUCUCAACCUCGCCUGGUGCUCUCUUCAGGCAUGGCAGUGCUCUUCUGGGAAGGAAGUUGCAUGGAACCUGUUAUCUUUGUUCACAACAGCUGGAAUACUAUGUUUGGAGAUUAGCCUAAUGGCUUUCUUAAUUCAGGAAAACCAUUCUACUGGGUUUGAAACGCUAGCACGUGCUUUCACUCUUUCAGGCUUCAUUGUUGGUGUUGAUAUACUUCUCAAGGCAAUAUUUGUAUUUGGAUUCAGGGUCCCUCUAUUCGUUGACAGUGAAGAAACUACACACAGGAUGAAGUGGGGCUUGUGGACCGUUAGCAAAAUAUUGCUUGCAGCAGUUUAUGGCUUCAUAUUGUUUGUGCACUCAUCAAAAUGGCAAGACAAGUUGCCAUCAAGACCCAUGUUCUACAACUAUGUUGUCACCAUGUUUUUAACUAAUGCAGUGGCAUUGUUUGCUUGUGCACUUGCCGGAAUUGGGCUUACCUUUGGACUCUGGUUGUACAAUUUGAUGCUUUUCUGCUAUCACUGUCUCUAUCUUCCGUUUCUGUAUAUAACCUUCUCAGCAGAUAUUUUUCAGGAAGAAGAUUUGCGUUUGGACAAUGCAUAUUACUCGGAAAUGAAAGAUGCAGGAUUUUUCGAUGUUGAUUGGGACUAGCUGAACCAUUUACUGAUGAAAUGAUUUCCAGACUUGUACAUAAAAUUGACUUUAGAUAAUCUCUGUAUGUUGGGAAGAAAAAGAAUGGUUUACUGGAAGUUGAAUAACUUAUCAGAAUCGUGUCUUUAGUGUUGUGGAACUGCUUUGCUUCAUUGCUCGUAAUGGGACAUGCAGAGUGCAGACGAUACAAUUCAGCCAACUAACUAAAGGGAAUUUCCCACUUGUUUACACA